AUUUUCUUUGCGUUUGGUCUCUUAUCGUCUUUGUCUUCCGUUUCACAGCGUGAAGACUUCGGUAUCGCCUGUCCACUGAUUGCACCACUUGGCUCCACUCGCACAUGAUGAGGAUUAUGGGUCAACAUUGACAAUUUUAUUAUCGAACAAGUCGCAUGGCAAAACUAAGAAAAUUAUCAGUUUGUGAAUGAUCAGAAAAUUUCGGCGACGACAUCAUGCUAUUGCAUCCCGCAGAGGUUUCCAAACACAAUAACGCCAACUCCUGUUGGCUCAUCAUUCAUAACAAGGUCUACGAUCUUACAGAUUUUCUCCCAAAUCACCCUGGCGGAAAGAAGGUGAUACUGAAAAAUGCGGGCAAAGACUCUACUGCAGACUUUGAUCUGAUUCACUCGAAUGAUGUUCUCGAUAAGUGGCUUGAGCCAUCCAAGCACUUGGGCAAUAUCGACACCAGAGUAGCAGGCAUGUCCACAAAUGGAACGACCCAGGCCAAAGGUCAAGAACAAAGUCAAGGGGCUCUGAUAAACAAGCCGAAACUAUCACAAUGUGUCAACAUAUCAGACUUUGAGUCUGUAGCACAACAAACAAUGAAGAAAUCGUCUUGGAACUACUAUUCCACUGGAGCCGAGGACGAGUUUGCCAUCAAAGAGAACAACUCUGCAUUCCAACGCAUUCGGUUUCGACCAAAGGUUCUUGUCAAUGUUGAGCAUGUGGAUAUUUCUACCACUAUGCUUGGAGCACAUACAUCCGCUCCAAUCUACAUAACAGCUACCGCACACGCGAAGCUUGGAGACCCAGACGGCGAAGUUACGCUGGCGCGGGCGAGCAACAAGCAUGAUAUCAUCCAAAUGAUACCACUGUACUCAUCUUGUUCUCUCGACGACAUCACCAAUGUUAGGGAACCUGAUCGCACCCAAUGGUACCAGAUAUAUGUCAAAAAGGAUCGAAACGUGACACGAAAGGCUGUUGAAGCCGCCGAGGCACGAGGCUGUAAAGCUUUGUGCAUCACUGUCGAUAAUCCGCACCUCGGAAGUCGCGAAAAGGUCUUGCGUUCGCAGCAGAGCGAGUCUGAAGAGGACGAGUUCGAAGAUGCACCAGCAACGGAGCUGGAUCCGUCUCUCAUCAUGAACGCAACUCUAAACUGGGAUGAUAUCACCUGGUUUCAAAGCAUUACCAACAUGCCGAUUGUCCUCAAAGGCAUGCAACGAGUUGAAGACGUCAUUAUGGCAGCAGAAUACGGUGUCCAAGCUGUGAUUCUCUCUAACCAUGGCGGGCGUCAGCUGGAUUACUCUGAAGCACCAAUUGAGGUUCUCGCGGAGGUUAUGCCUAUCUUGAGGGAACUUGGACUUCAUGGCAAAAUUGAAGUGUAUAUUGACGGCGGCGUUCGUCGUGGGUCAGAUGUCCUGAAGGCUUUGUGCUUGGGUGCUCGCGGCGUUGGAAUCGGUCGCCCGUUUCUUUAUGCUAUGGCUGCCUAUGGACAGAAAGGACUCGAGAAAGCUAUUCGCAUCUACAAAGAUGAGUUGGAAAGGAAUAUGCGACUGCUUGGGUGCACAUCGGUUGACCAGCUUCACCCAGGACUGGUAAAGGUGCUUAGUGAAGUUCGGGAAAGGCUGUGAGCGCCAGGCCUUGGUUGGCAAUUUGUACUGCAUACAAGUUGUACAGGAUAUCCGAAGCAAACGAAGGGCUUUCCAUGUGCUACUUGGACUUUUCCAUGAAUAAGUGUCAAAGCUUUGAUGGGCACAUCAGUUCGUGUUCAUACAAAUAGAUAUGUAGUCCAUGUUGAAAGGGCUAGCAAGUGCAAGGAGGCUCUCAGAAGACGGACUGAUUGCCCGAAAGCUAUCGAUUAUAUUAUGUGCUUUAUCAAAUAAUAUACAGAGG